AUGACUCAACGAGCAUCAGGAUGCUCCUUGCAUCUGAAGGACUGCCGACUUUACCAGAACAUCUACAUCAAAUAUUCAUCCAAGUACAUCAGUAAUACGGAAUUGGGCCAGCAGAAGCUGCAGCUGAUCUACAGUCAUACCGACAAUACCUGUCCAGCGAGCGGACACAUCGCCUGCAGCAACUACGGGAGAGCACAACGAGGUCAAAAUAGUUCGGUGAUUGUUUCUUUGCGGAAUGGUGUGCUGUAUUACACGUAUAAUUCUGAACCAAUGUUUCUUGCCGGAACUAAUCUAGCAGACGGAAAAUGGCAUAGGAUAGAAAUCAAGUGGUUGGGAACAGAAGUAUCGCUGUCUGUGGACUAUGGCCAACGAGCCGGUUUGCUGCCAAUGACUCAAAAAAUACAAGGCAUGUACGUCGGCAGAAUAGUGAUCGGAGGUUCAGAGAGCAGCAUUUCUGGAUAUGGUGACUACGGUUUCUACGAAGGUUGCAUACAAGAUGUUCGUGUAGGAGGAACUCAGUCGGUUCUUAAUCGUCCAACCAUCCGAGAAAAUGUGAUUGAUGGAUGUACGUCAAAUGCCAAAUGUCCAGAUAGCUGCCCGGAACAUUCAAACUGUGUCAUUAGUUGGGACGAGGCACAUUCACUGCUAAUUCUGGUGACUAUUGUGAAAUCACAACUCAACAACCAUGCCCUGCCGGAUGGUGGGGAGAACGAGGAUGUGGACCUUGCAAGUCAAAAUACUGAUUCCGCUGGAUAUGUUAGGAAUUACACAGCCCGACAAAAUGAAGUCAUCAAUUCAAUAAGUGAUUAUAGAGCAAUCGUUGGAUAUGCACAGUACAAGGAUGCAGGAGCACUUUUCCCAUUAAAUUUCGAUGAAACUAUCACCCGCAGAUGGGGUGUGGAUGUACAAAUAGCAAGCCCUGUCCUAACGCUCAACAUACUUGUACCUAAUAUAGAUAGAAAAGGUUUCGAGAAUCCUACAAACGAGCUUCCAGGUUCUUCGGACAAAUCGUCCACGAAAGAUUCCGAAGUGUUUGCAACCCCCAUCCAUGAACAUUCCAAUGAAAAGUUAUCUAAUGAAAUAAAAAUUUCGAUUCAUGAUAUGAGUGAUCAUGAUAAUUUGGAAACCUUGGACGAGCACCCAGAAAUUAUAAUGAGCAUUGAUGAAAAUCCAUUCGAAACCUCUAAUCCUCCGGAUACAGUAGUUUUAUCUUCCGGUACCGCUAAUAACGAAGCAACAUACGGAAUUGACGAAACGGUAUACACUAAAAUAAGGAAGCGUAGUGUUUCCAAAUUACAGUCCGAUACUUCGAUUCUUGAUAAACCGAUUGAAUACAGACCAUUAGGCAGUCCUCAUCUACCUCAACCGAUAAAAUUACAAAUGUGGUUGCAUAUACCAAGAAAUUGGUUUGGGCCUCGAUCGAAUCCUCAGUGUGUGCGCUGGAACGCUCACGUAAACCUAUGGACCCGGCUAGGCUGUCAAACCGACAUUCCCGAUUAUGAAUCAUUAGCUACAAAUGAAAGCGUCUUCAUCAAUUGCACCUGCAGUCAAAUAUCCAGCUAUGCCGUAUUAGUGGACGUAAUUGAUCCAGAAAUCAUUCCUGAACCAUCACUGUUGGUACAAAUUACAUCGUUUUCGGCGUUCCUGAUCUCACUACCGGUGCUGUUCUCCGUCAUUAUUUCCCUAGCGCUUUUGCGUGGCCUGCAAACAAACUCGAAUACCAUCCAUCAGAAUUUGCUGUUUUGUAUUUUUUAUCGCCGAGAUGCUAUUUUCGUCGGAAUCCAAGCACGGAAAGAAUUGGUCGACAACGAGUUCUCAUGCAAGUUGGUUGCGAUAGUGCUACAUUACGCUUGGCUAGCGUCAUUCGCGUGGACUACAGUAGACUGUGUGCAUUUGUAUCGUAUGUUGACAGAAAUGCGCGAUAUUAACCAUGGUCCCAUGGGUUUCUAUUACACGCUUGGAUAUGGCGCACCGGCACUUCUGGUAGGACUUUCUGUAGGGGUGCGCGUCCAUGAAUAUGGAAAUAAUAUGUUUUGCUGGUUAUCGGUAUACGAGUCUGUAAUAUGGUGGUUAGUAGGACCAAUCGUUAUUAUGUCGGUUUUGAAUCUUCUGAUACUGUUCCUGUCAGUGAAGGCUGCUUUCACGAUAAAGGACCAUGUUCUAGGAUUUGGAAAUCUUCGAACGCUGCUGUGGCUUUCUGUAGUGUCAUUACCUUUAAUGGGUAUUAUGUGGGUUCUUGCAGUGUUAGCCGCAUCCGAAAGUUCGCAAACGUUAAAAGUUUUGCUUUCAGUAGUUGUAAUCAUACAUGCGUUUUUUUCCAUAAUUGGGUACUGCAUAAUAAAUAAGCGUGUGCGAGAAAAUCUCCACAGAACAUUGUUGAGAUGCCUAGGAAGAAAAGUUCCUCUGCUUGAUUCAUCUUUAGCAGUCAGCAGUAGCUCUCAAAACAUUGGACACUCCAAAACUCCUGGAUUUGCAAGCCAAUACGAGACUGCACGAAGGAAUAUAGGAAUUAGCACUUCCAGCACGACAUCCAGAAGUACAGCCAAAACUAGUUCCAGCCCAUAUAGGAGUGAUGGACAAUUUCAACACACAUCGACGUCCACAUCGAAUUAUAAUUCUAACAGCGACGGGGUGCCUUCUUACAUGCGUGGUUACGAUGGAAAGGGAAUGCGAAUCAAAGAAUCCAACGACGGUUCCCCGCACGCCAGGAAAGGACGACGUCAUAGACGAGAUUCAGAUUCUGGAAGCGAAACAGAUGGCAGAAGUUUGGAACUAGCAUCCAGUCAUUCGAGUGAUGAUGAAGAAUCCCGUGUAGGUCGUAAUAGUAGCACACAUCGCAGUUCUGGUGUCUGCUCCACUGGAUAUCUCCCAAAUAUUACCGAACAUGUAGUCACUACGCCACCAGAACUGCAUGUUGUGCAGAGCCCUCAGCUUUUUCCUAAUGUCAAUGCAACACGAUGGUCGAGUCAAGUUCCAGAAUCGUACUUGAUUGCAACUAACGCUGGUCGUUGGUCGCAAGAUACUGGAUCCGAUAAUGAGGCACAUCCUCAUAACUCUGGAAUACAAAACAUUCUACCGAAUCCCGAUUUAACGGAUACAUCAUAUUUACAUCAAACUCGAAUGAACAUGCCACCUUCAAUACUAGAAAAUAUCCAAGAAGGUUAUAAUUUCUCUAACCAAGAUUUAAGACAUAAAAAGUACAAUGAUCAAGGAAACGACACGUAUGCAGAUAGUUACAGAGAUUACGAAGGAAAUCAUCAGCAUGACACAAUGCCUUAUGUUACCGGUGGGGACUUAAAUCACUUAUCCGGUUCAACACAAGUUAUCAACCAUAUGCGUUCGUACAACCAUGAAAGCCCUUAUGCUCUCAAAGAAUCUCUAUACGAUAGAUCUAGAACUCUUGGUUACAAGGCUGAAUCUCAGUAUAUGUCGAAAGAGCGAAUAUCUUCAGAUUUGUACAGUCCUAGAUCAGAUGCACAUGGGUCCUUCAAAUCCAGUGUUCAAUCUUUAUUGAAGAACGACUAUCAACGUCACAAACAAGGUGCUGAUUCGGACCGUAUGUCGGAAGGUUCCGACAAAAACCCAUACAACUUUCCUUACACCGCAGAAGAAGAUCAUUCAAGCCACACAACUACGAGAUCGAACGAUGGAACCAAUCAUGCAAUGCACCGGUUCAACAACUCUUCUACAAUUCAACCAAUGGCGCCUUUGACUAAUAUAAACGAUAAUAACGACGGACCGAACGAUGAUGACGAAACAACUGUGUAAGAGUUCAAUUAAUCUUAUCAGUUUUUCUCAAAUGAACCGUCACUUAAUACAUAAAAUUUCUCAGGAUGGUCAAGGUGGCGUGCUAGUAAAAAAUGAAACGAAUUCUGAAUAUUGUAAUGAGCGUAUGACUCAAUGUAUGUGUUUUUACAUAUAUUAAUUGAAUAAAUUGUAAUCGCGGCUCGAUGUAGAAGGAAUUAACUACAAAGGAGUACCUACUUCGUUUAGACAAAAGAGUGAAUAACAUACUAUUACA